AUUCCAGUUAUAGCUGCCAAGCGAUACUAUAAAUAUUCCGGCUUUCCUUUCCGUUCGGCCCCGCCCGAAGAGGAGCAAAGCUUCUGCAAUCCUUCGGCCCAAAAGCUGAACAAGAAGAGAAGGGGGCGCUCCCUCGAGAGAGAUAGCCCCUCUAGCUGAAGGAAGUGCUUGUUUCCACUUCGACCUGGAAGUGAAAGGAGACACCGGUCGAGCAGAGGCCAAGCCCCAUUUGGGGACCCGAUCGCUUGCCUCGGUUCUGGCACCGUCAGCGCGGCCAUGUCCCAAGGAGGCAGGCAGGAAGAGACAGGGACAGGCAGCACCCUCCGGAAACGUUGGAGCCCCAGCGAAUCGCUGCCCAGCUGCAGCUCCCAGACAAACCAUAAAGGGCAGGAUCUGAAGGAGCAAAAGAGAAAUAAACGGGUGGUGCAGCAAAUCCAACAGAUCCAACAUCUGGAGUCCUUCUAUGAAAAACUUCCUCCAGGGCUAAUUAAGGAAAAUGAGACUAAACCAGAAGAUUGCAUUCCUGAUGUACCUGGCAAUGAAAAUGCACGAGAAUUCUUAGCACAUGCUCCAACCAAAGGAUUAUGGAUGCCUUUAGGAAAAGAGGUCAAGGUUAUGCAAUGCUGGAGAUGUAAACGAUAUGGACACAGAACAGGAGAUAAAGAAUGUCCUUUCUUCAUCAAAGGCAACCAAAAAUUAGAACAAUUCAGAGUGGCACAUGAAGACCCCAUGUACGAUAUAAUAAGAGAAAAUAAACGCUAUGAAAAAGAUAUGAGGAUAGAACAGUUAAAACGGUUGCUGGAAGACUCUACAUCAGAUGAGGACAGCAGCAAUGACAGUUCCAGUUCCUCAGAGAGUCGGGUGAAGCACAAAAAAAAAAAGAAGAAAAAGGAAAAAAAGAAAAAAAAGAAAAAGAAAAAACGUCAGUCCUCUAAAUCAAGCAAGAAGUCUGAAUCAGAUUGAGAAGAUGUUUGCCUUUAUGUCAAUAAGUUGUAAAAGAUCCAAAGAACAUCUCUUCAUUUGUGUUUUACCUGCAUUCUCUUCCUUUAUGUUGGAAAACAAUAAUAACAAAACAAGAAAAUUUAUUUUCUAUCUGUAUGAGAUGCUGCUAAAGAAAACUGCUUCUAUGUAUACACAGACUCUUUUUAAGUAUUUUUGUAAAAGGUCCCUCUACCCCCUUUUUAGCCUACCAAGACUUUAAUAAUCAAUCAGUGUAGGAAGGGGGAAACUACCAAUAGAGAAGUUCCAAUCUACCAAUAGGGAAGUUCCAAAAAUAAAUCCCAAGAUAUAGCAAAUACCUUUUCAUCAAAGCUUUGUAACAUUUAGCCAGAAGGAUCCCUUUAGUAGCAUGUCACCAGUGUUUGCAAUAUAGCGGAAGUCCCAGAAAGAAGCUUAAUGGAUCAUAUGCAAAAGCAAAUAAUUACAAAGAGGCAUAGUAUAGGUUUCACCCUUAACUGCCUCCAACUGAACUUUGCUCAAAAAUGGCUUUCUACAAAGGAUGAAGCACAAUACAGCUACCAUCAUCUACCACAAUACAAGAAUAUACUUUAUAACUUAUUUUCAGAUGUACUUUAUUGAAAAGCUGCAUAAUUUAUCACCCAUCUUCCAGCUGCAUCUGACAUAAUAGGAAGGGCUCCACAGACUUCUAUAAGAUUAGAAAAAGUAUCUGGGGAAUUGUAAAACCAAUCUAUAGAUCACAAAUUUUGAAGAUCCAGUUUUACUAAUAAUGAAGCACACUUAAAUAUACCUUGUUUUUUAAUGUCCAUUUCCCUACCAAUUCACAGAAAAGUGCUUGAAAAAUUAAAAAUGUUUUUGGCAAGUAACCAUAUAUGUUGUGUUGCUUUUUGAGAAAAUUCUGAAAAUGGUUAUAAUUGAUUACAUUAUUAUGGCACCCCAAGUUUGAUAUUUUUUAGAUAUAAAAAUAUUGGAAGGAUGGGUGUAUUAAUUGCGGCAUAUUUGUUCUGGCCGAUAAAGGAGCUUCUUAUUC